GAAGCCACUCUCAGGUAAAAGUCCUUAUCCCUGCUAUGAAUUUUCUAUAUGUUCACUUCUCCCCUUGCACCCUGGCAGGGUUGUAAAAAUAACUUAAAAACAAUAAUUACUAGGAAGUCAAACAAAAGUACACAUCCCUGGAAAGUGAGAUAAUCCCUGGAGGAUGUGGGCCUACUAGACAAUCACAGUUAAUGCUGAAAGGACACUCAGAGAUCCCUUUUGCCUGUGUCUAAGUUUUGGGUAAUUUUUCUUAACAGCAUCAUUCACUCUUCAGAAGCAAAAGAGUAGGAAGGGAAUUAGUGGAAAAAUCAUCAGAGAUCCUUCUCCAUUCAGCAGGUACAGUUCUAAUCUAGAAGACUGGCAAAUAGACAUAUUUACAGAAAAGCCUCCCUUGCUCUGAGUGAACAGUAAUUAUAUCCCAAAGGAGUUUCCAUACAGAAUCACCCAUGGGUCUGGGCAGAGGUUGGGAGGUACCGUGAGCUACGUAUGUAUCCCAAGUGACAGCAGGAGGGAUAAACAAAAACAAAAAUUGUAAGACAUGAAUAAGCUACAGCAAAGGGCAUACUGCAGGUAAACCACAGGAAGAAGUCUACAAUUCUUUGAGGAGCAUAAGCAGUUAUAUUAGAUUAUCCAGUGUUACCUGUCCUCAGUUGUGUAGUUACUGUUUAUUUUAUAUGCAUGAGAUAUGAAAUGAUGGAACACAUUAAUGUAAUACUGUUAAUAUUUCUCACAGGGAGCCUUAAUAUGUGCUGGUAAUACUCCUUUAUAGGACAUUCUUUUUGUUAUCUGUUGUGUAUUUAAGUUAAAUUUUUGAAUAUAUUGAAUGUUUAAAUUUGUGGUACUCCUUUGUAGGACCUUUGCCUCUCUGUCUCUGCACUCGGGGUUUGGUCCUGCUGCCUCCAUUCAAACCUAAAUAGGAAGAGGAACCGUAUCACUGUCGGUGGAUCCAACAGCUGAUCAAAGCCAGCGUCUUAGGGGCUGAGUAGCUUUUCUGAAGAUGGAAGGGGUCACGGGAGGGCCCCAUUGUACAGGCACCGCCAUCCUGCUAGCUGCAGGUGUUUUUCUCCUCAGCUGUUUCCAAAUCACUGUGACCUACCUCCCUCACCACAGUAUGCUUGCCUCUGGGGAGAAGAGUUGUUUUCCCUGGGACUGCUUCUUUCAUGGGAACAAACCAUAUUUGCUUCCUAUUGCUGCUGCUGUAGCAAAUUAGCACAGACUUGGUCACUUAAAACAACACAUGUUUAUUAUCUAGCAGCUCUAGAGGCAGAAGUCCACAAAAUGGAUCUUUCUGGACAAAAUCAACAUGGUGGUGGGCUGCCUGCCAUCUGGGGGCUCUGGGAUGAAUUGGUUUCCUUGCCUUUUCCACCUUCUGGAAGCUGCCUACAUUCCUUGGGUUUUGAGCCCCCUCCAUCUGCAGAGCCAGCAUGCAGCAUAUUGAGAUCUCUCUGACCUGUGCUUCCAUCACCUUGCCCCCUGCUCCCACUCUGACUCUUCUGCCCCCCUCUUUUUCUUAUAAGAGUCCUAUCAUUACAACUGGGCGUAGCUGGAUAUCUAGCUUAAUCUUUUCAUAUUAGGAUCCUUCACUUAAUCAUAUCUUCAGAGACCCUUUUGCCAUACAGAUAACAUUUUCACCGGUUCCAGGGAUUUGGACAUGGGCAUCUUUGGGGUACAGUUGUUCUGCCUACCACAGGCCUCUUCUUCCUGUUUCAUAGAGUUGUUAAUAAGGAUUAAUCAAGUGAAUGCUUAUAAAAGCCUGGAAUGGUGCCUGGCACAAAGUAGGGGCUCAGUAAAUGCCCACCUGAGUAUGCAUGCAGACUUACCUCCAGUCCUUAUGGUAUUUAAAUUGGGAAAAUAGAAAGUAAAAAAAAUCCAAAAGCUUUUUGGCUAAUUCUAAGGCAGCCCAUCCAUAGACAGGUACUAGUGAAGAAUAAUGUAGAUUAUUUUAUGGAUUUUCAUUUAGAAAGAUAGUGUUUUUGUUGCUAGUUGUUGACUUAAAGGUAUUUGAUGUAUUUUUAAGUCACCAUUAAAAUGUCGUGAUCUUAAGAAAAAAUCAUAAAUAGAAUGCAAAAAUGCACACUUGAUACAUUGUUUGGAGAUCAGAGGUAGUUCUAAUCCAAGGAUUUUUCCAAGUACUCCUUUUAUUGGAUAACUAUUUUCAAAUUAGCUUUAAAAUGUAAAACAUAUUGACAUUAGCAUUCUAUUUCUAAGGUUUAUUUCAACAUAUGCACUUUUGAAAUUAACAUUAGAAAGUUCAUUGAUUUCAGAAAGAAUGCAUACAGCAUACUUUUAGGGCAUAUUUAGCCAAAAAUAACUCACAUAUUAAUACUUUUGUUCUAACAACACUGUUGUAACUUUUUUUUAAAAAAAUGAAAGAUAGCCUUAACCCUUAAAUCAGUCCUGCUUUUAAGAUGUAUAAAUGAACAUUCAAGGAUACUAUUUUAGCAAAGCAUUACUAAACAUAUCUGGGAUGUUUAAGUUUUUUGUUCUUAACAAGCUCUGUCCAUUAAAGUCUUCAUUUCCAUUGCAAAAGGAAUCUGUUCUUGUUCUCAUGAAACAAAAACAGUUUCAGCCAAAAAUAUGAAUAUAAAACUUCUACUUGACAGAAUGUCAAUUUUACCUCUAUGGCUUAAAACAAAAAAAAAAUAUUUGUUCCAUGGUUGUAGUUAGUAGAGAGAAUGGUGCUGAUUUUGCUUGGACAUUCUAGGGACCUGUGGAGAACCACUGAAUCUGUUCAGUGGCUUUGGCUGGCUCCAUGGUUUCAGUGGCAGCUGAUGAUAGUGCUAAUUCACCCAGACGUGCUAGGUUAGCCUGGUCUUCAGAAGCACGUCAACAGAAACCUUGUGCACAAAACAGGCACCUUUCUCGCUCUGCCUCCUGUGUGGCUUUGGGAGCUGGUGGUGAAGGUAACAAGUACACAGUAGCCCUGGGGACCCUUUCCCGAGCCCCGAGGCUCAGUCCAAAGUUAGACCCAUUCUGGGUGGAGCACAGUCGAUUUCGAGAAUUAGAUCCUCUUAUAUCUUUGUGUUGUUCCUUAAUUAAGCAUGCUUUUGUCAAGGGAAAGGCUAAAAGACCUUGAGAAAAUCAAUACCCUAAGAACAUACCCUUUGCCAGCCUUCUGGAACCUGAAGCCGCCUAGCAGGAUACUCAGCAAAGAUGUUAGGUAGGAUAAAAGCAGAACUUAAGAAGAAAGAAGUGAGGGAAACUAUGGAGAGUAGCCAAAGGUCUGAGGAUCGGCCAGGAGACAAACAGGUGCUGAUGGGGGACGUGACCUAGAAGAGACUGGCACCCUGCGUGAAGGGUGAGGCCAGAGAGCAGGGCAAGGAGACAAAGGGAGAGGUGGGUGAGAAAGGGGGGUUGGGGAGAGGCAGCCUGCUGGUGCAGUAGACAUCAGAGCUGCCGAGUUGUAGAGAACAGAGCUGGUAAAUGUGAAUUCAGGAUGAUGGUGCCCUAAAAUCCCCAGCUUCAUGGCCAAGCUUAACGGUAGGGGAAGGGGGCAAAAGCAAUGGGGUGCCCACUGUCCCUGUACAAAAUUGACGUAUGUGAACAUAGCCGAUUGAUUUUGCCCACCCCCGGAUUAAUUACCUGUAGAAAGGCUGAGCCUGAAUCCUGCAACCCUGUGGUCCGGGUGGAUUGUACAUGGUCCUGGGAAGAAAUGUGAAUGGGUCCUCAGAGCUCAUGUAUCUUUGAUUUGAGAUGCUAUUUCCUUUGGUGUUUUUCCUCUUCCCCCAACACUUUCAUUGGGGGAGAAAAUUGCUUUUGUGUUUUGCUUUUAUUUGUCUUUUACUCUACACCAGGGUUUUAUUAUGACAUUUAAACCUCUUAGGAACACUCAUUGCAUUAUAUCAGGCCAUGUGGGAAAUGUUGAUAAGAAAAUUAAGUCCUAUUUGUGUUUGCAAUCUACAGUACUGAGUGUUUCCUUCUCAUAUCCUCUGAGGUUUGCAGGGGGCAGGAGACAAAGGGCAGAUGUUGAUUGGGAGAGACCACAACAGAAUUUUCUGAGAUGCUGGCAAUACAUAGAAUUCUGACUUAAAGACUGAUGGGCUGCUAAAAAAAGAGUGAAAUCUUGCCAUUUGUGUCAACAUGGAUGGACUUAGAGGGCCUUGGUUAACUGGGACCCAGUGGAUCAAACAGUGCUUGCCAAUGAGCAGGUGGAUGAACAUGGCUGUUCAUGGCGUUCUGGAGCAAAGGUGGAACAGAAGUACCUCAGACAGUGGUUUAUUAAGACAACUGCUUAUGCAAAGUAGAGAACUCAGUCAGACCCAUCUCACUAAGGCCAUGCAGGAUGCGCUGGCAGACCUUCCAGAAUGGUAUGGAAUAAAAGGCAUGCAGGCCCACUGGAUCGGGGACUGUGUGGGCUGCCAUCUGGACUUCACAUUAAAGGUUGAUGGGCAAGUCACAGGGGAGAAGCUAACUGCCUACACAGCCACCCCUGAGGCCAUUUACGGCACUUCCCACGUUGCCAUCUGCCCCAGCCACAGACUCCUACAUGGGCACAGCUCUCUGAAGGAGGCCUUUCAGAAAGCACUUGCCCCUGGCAAAGAUUGCCUCACGCCCGUGACAGCUGUGAACAUGCUCACCCAGCAGGAAGUCCCUGUUGUUAUCUUGGCCAAAGCUGACUUGGAGGGCUCUCUGGAUUCGAAAAUAGGAAUUCCCAGCACCAGCUCAGAGGAUACCCUCUUAGCCCAAACUCUGAGCCUGCCUUACUCAGAAGUCAUUGAGCCUUUGCCAGAUGGUACCGAGAGACUGAGCAGCUCUGCUGAGUUCACAGGUAUGAGCCGGCAGGAUGCGUUUCUGGCCCUGACGCAGAAAGCCAGGAGGAAGAGAGUGGGCGGACACGUGACUAGUGAUAAACUGAAGGACUGGCUGGUCUCGCGGCAGCGGUACUGGGGCACACCCAUCCCUGUGGUCCACUGCCCGGCCUGUGGGCCCGUGCCUGUGCCUCUAGAGGACUUGCCUGUGACCUUGCCCAGCAUCACAUCUCUCACUGGCAAGGGAGGCUCCCCACUGGCCAUGGCUUUGGAGUGGGUGAACUGCUCCUGCCCUCGGUGCAAGGGAGCAGCCAAGAGAGAGACAGACACGAUGGACACCUUUGUUGAUUCUGCAUGGUACUACCUCAGAUACACUGAUCCUCAGAAUGCUCACAGGCCUUUCAGCGCGGCACUGGCAGAUUACUGGAUGCCUGUGGACUUGUACAUCGGAGGGAAGGAGCAUGCCGUCAUGCACUUGUUCUAUGCGAGGUUCUUCAGUCAUUUCUGCCAUGGUCAGAAAAUGGUCAGACACAGAGAGCCUUUUCAUAAGCUGCUGGCCCAAGGCCUUAUCAAGGGACAGACAUUCCGCCUACCAUCUGGAGAGUAUCUACGGAGAGAGGAAGUAGAUCUCACAGGUUCUGUUCCUAUUCACGCAAAAACAAAAGAGAAGUUAGAGGUGACGUGGGAGAAGAUGAGCAAGUCCAGACACAACGGGGUGGACCCCGAGGAAGUGGUAGAGCAGUAUGGCAUCGACACACUCCGGCUCUAUGUCCUCUUUGCCGCCCCUCCUGAGAAGGAUAUCUUGUGGAAUGUGAAGACUGAUGCUCUCCCGGGGGUACUGAGAUGGCAGCAGCGUCUUUGGUCCUUGGCAACCCGAUUCAUUGAGGCUCGGGCUUCUGAGAAGGUUCCCAGGCCUCAACUACUGAGUAACGAGGAGAAAGCCCAGGCCAGGAAGCUCUGGGAGUAUAAGAACUUGGUCAUCUCUCAGGUAACCUCCCAUUUCACAGAGGACUUCUCACUGAAUUCUGUGAUUUCUCAGCUGAUGGGACUCAGCAGUGCCCUCUUGCAAGCUUCUCAGAGAGUUGUUCUCCACAGCCCUGAGUUUGAGGACGCUCUGUGUGCCCUGAUAGUGAUGGCUGCCCCCAUGGCCCCUCAUAUAACCUCCGAGCUCUGGGCAGGCCUGGCGCUGGUGCCAAGGAAGCUCUGUGGCCAUUAUGCCUGGGAUGCCAGCGUGCUGCUUCAGGCGUGGCCAGCCGUGGACCCGCAGUUCCUUCAGCAGCCCGACAUUGUGCAGAUGGCAGUUCUGAUCAACAACAAAGCCUGUGGCAAAGUCCCUGUGCCCCAGCAAGUCGCCCAGGACCAGGAUAAAGUCCAUGAACUUGUUCUCCAAAGCGAGCUGGGUGUGAGGCUCUUGCAGGGGCGAAGUAUCAAGAAGGCCUUUCUGUCCCCCAGAACUGCCCUCAUCAACUUCCUGGUGCACGAGUGACUGCAGACACCUGUGGCUUCUAUGGGGGCCUCUGAGGAACCUCCUUCCGGGCCUGGGAUGAGGGGAAGCCGUCUGCUGGCCCGGGGCAGGGAAGAGACAGCCGCCUUGUGUAUUUACCCUGUGCUCUGGCAGACUGGCAUCACCACUGUGCCUCUGUGGUUUGGUCUGGUGCAGGGGCAAGGGUGGGUAUGGGCAGAGGGGAAACGAGCAAACAGGGAGGGAUCCAGCAGUCCGCCACCCCCACCCCACAGCAAGGUGGAGAAGGGCACCAGACCCCAGGUGAAGCCACCAGAGAUACUGCGGGGUGGGAGCAGAAAGGAGGAAAGCAAGUGAGAAUGAGCAUGAUGCCUCCUGAACAGCCCAGCAGCUCCUGGGCCCCAGAAAUCACACCACCCCAGGCAUGCCCCAGAGUGUGAGGGUGAACUGAGGACCCACAUGUGGCUGUUGUGGCUGGUCGGUAACAGUGCUGGCAUCACGGUGACGGUCUCCUCACCUUCGGGCCAGAUGGAGAGGCUGUGUGUCCACAUAUGCAGUUUGUGCAGUGGCCGCUGGGUCUUCAGAGUUGCUCCUGAACCGGAAAGCAUGCGGCGCUCGUGCUCUGCAAGUGGCCCCACUGCUGAGCCUGCUCUGAGGUCGACACACAGGCUCUCCGGUGAAGCAGCCCCUCCUAACCACUCCUCAGGGCGUAAAGUUUGCAGCGUAAUAAGGAGGAGCCAAGCUGGUUUGGAUCUCAGACGGAACCAAUCCAAGGGCCCCUGCAGCACAGCAGCGAGCCUGCUCACGUGGGCCACAGAGGGCAGUGCCGCCACCGACGUGGCCCCCAGAGCCAGUCUUUAGGAGGAGCGAGUUCACUGCAGAGCGUGGGACUGAUGCCACCCAGGCACUGCCUCCUGUGUUCAAGCCUGGUGGCCAGCGAGACAGCCAGGAAUGCACCGUGGUGUUGGGAUGCUGCGGUAAUGCUGGGUUUCUAUGAAGUCAGCAGUCAGGUGCUCUUACCAGAACUGGCCUAAGCCACUAGUUAAUAUUUAAUGGGGAAAUGGAGGAGAAUCUAGCCAUUUUAUGAUGCUGAUAAUCUGUAUUUGUUUCCUGAUGCCAUUUUUCUAAGUAGCCUCAGAUGUGGCUACAGUUUAGCAGUUAGUAGGUGACUUUCUUUAAUGCAUUAAAAUGUUUGUCAUGUAUUACUUCCGGAUAUUUGUGUGAUCUUGGAAUAGCCACCAUAUUCCAAUUCUAGGAGUUAAUCAGGAACAGACUGAGGUAUCCCGUCAGCAUCAGGACCAUUGGCAGUGUGCCAACCUCCACGUGGAAUGUUACAGAGGGAGGUGUAUGUGGAACUGUCAGAACAGGGCAGACUACACUGAUUCAGGGACAAUAGCAAUAGUGGUUGUCACUGGUUCUCAAAAAAGUAGCUCAAACUUAAUACCAUGCCUGGUCCCAUACCCAGAAAUUCUGAUUGAAUUGAUCUGAGGUAUGCUUGGGCAUCAGGGAUCUUUAAAGUUCCAUAAGUGAUUCUACUGGGCAGCAAAGUUUGAGAACCACUGAGUCAAUUCGUGCAUUUGAACCAUGAUGUCUGACUGCUCUUUCCUCUCCAUCUUCCUCUGCACUGGGAUCAGUUUGGUCUAGGACCAAAACAUGAUGAAGUGGAGCUGGGAAAGACUGGGGCCGGAAUUUAGGAGCAGAAUUUAAGACAUUCCCAGAGCUUGCUUGAGUGUCCACAAUCCGGCUCCACAUCCCAGCCAGUGUGGAUUAAAUAUAAGCAAACAGAUGAAGGUAUUUGGUGCAAAGAGGGAAGAGUAGGUGUUUUUGCUGGAUUAUCUUGUUUAUUCCUUACCAUACCUGGUAAGGUAAGCUGAGUGGUCUUGACCCCAUCAACAGGAUGAGGGUAGGGAGCCUUUUCUCUGCACAUAACCUGGCCACAGCAAAAGGAUAAAAUUGUGAAAACAAGCUCAUUGGUACCACUAAGGGUUACAAUGGGACAGGAAACUGAGAGUCGGGGCAGGAAGGUGAGGAGAGGAAUGAUCUCAAUCCUUUUUUAUAACUGCCUUGGUUAGGUCAAAAACUGAACCCAAGUUCCCUUGUGGUAUGUCAUUUAAUUCUCACAAAAACUCAGGAGGGAAGCAAUUCUUCCUUCCUAAAUAUGAAGAGACCAAAUUUGCUCAGUUUCCAAGAAAAAAGUAGAAAGGCCAGAAUCUAAACCCAUGUCUCCUGGCCUUCAGAUCCCCUUCUGGUCCCCGACUGUGUUUCCCCAGUCCCCUUACCUAAAGGCCCAUCUUGCUUGAAGUACAACAAUCAGGAAAUUGAGCUGUUGGCCGAAAGUUGGCAUUGUGAGUGGAGUCUGGCCCAGCCUCUCCUCCUGUGACGUCCUCGCAUCUGUAAAGCUGUGCCAUGUGUAGAGGAAAGGCCAGAAGCACUGGGUUGGUUCCGUAGGGCACAAGGCGAAUAUUGCCAAAGCAGUGGAAGAUUUCCUAUUCUGUCAGGGAAAUGAGGGAAGAUGUGCCCAGGGAAGGUGCAGCCUCCAGCAGAUGUGCCACAGUAAGAGCCACCCACCUGCCAAAGAAAUUAAAUUGAUCUCUAAGAGCCUAAACAGUAAGUGAGCUGGGGAAGAUGUCUAGGCAUGCUUCAUCCCAACCUAAAUACACGACUGCAGGGAACUGGUUUAGAAAAACAAGGUGCAGCCAGCAAAAGAUGGUUUUUAAAAAACAAAACAAGUAUAUGAAAAUGUUGUCCUGAAUAAAGCAGUUUUCUUACACA